CCAACACAAUUGUUACCCUAAAACCACACUCAAAAGCUCUCUCUCUUCCUCUUCCUUCUCUUAACAAUUAAGACAAAAUCUCAUCGGCCUAAGACUCUGAUCACUAUGUACGGACGUGAUCCUUGGGGCGGUCCUCUAGAGAUCAAUGCGGCGGACUCCGUCAUCGACGAAGAUCGUCGUAGUCGGAACCUACAAGACCUCGACCGUGCGGCUCUGUCACGGCCUCUUGACGAAACACAACAGAGCUGGCUACUCGGACCGAAGGUGCUCAAGAAGAAGAAGUACGUCGAUCUCGGUUGUAUCUUAGUCAGCCGCAAGAUCUUUCUCUGGACUCUUGGAAUCAUUGUAGUAACCGCGUUUAUCUCUGGAUUCAUUACUUUGAUCGUUAAAACUGUGCCACGCCACACACAAAAGCCUCCAUCACCGGAUAAUUACACACUCGCUCUCAACGAAGCUCUCAUGUUCUUCAAUGCUCAACAAUCUGGGAAACUUCCAAAGGGAAAUAUUUAUAACGUAUCAUGGAGGGGUGAUUCUUGUCUUCAAGAUGGGAAGGAGGAUCCAGGACAAUGCUACAAAGAUUUGGUAGGAGGCUACUAUGAUGCUGGAGAUACUAUCAAAUUCAACUUCCCCAUGUCUUAUGCUAUGACCAUGUUGAGCUGGAGUGUUAUUGAAUACAGUGCAAAGUAUGAAGCUGCUGGCGAGCUCAACCAUGUUAAAGAACUCAUCAAAUGGGGAACUGACUACUUUCUCAAAACCUUUAAUAGUAGUGCUGAUACAAUCAAUGUUAUGGUGGAACAGGUCGGAUUAGGGAGUACUGGUGGAGGAAAUGAUAACCAUAAUGACCAUAACUGCUGGAUGCGUCCUGAGGACAUUGAUUAUAAAAGGAUUGUAUCUCAAUGCUACAGUGGCUGCUCGGAUCUUGCUUCAGAGAUGGCAGCUGCUCUGGCCUCUGCGUCCAUUGUAUUCAAAGACAACAGAUUAUAUUCGAAAAAGCUUGUUCACGGUGCUAAGACGCUCUAUAAGUUUGCAACUUCUAGCAAUGGUAGCUACAGUAAAUCUUAUCAAGACUCUAGCAAAUUUUAUAACUCUACCCUGUUUUGGGAUGACCGUAUAUGGGGUGGGGCUUGGUUGUAUUAUGCUACUGGAAAUGUAACCUAUCUUAGUGAAGUUACCACUCGCGCUAUUGCCGAGAUUGCUGGUGCCUUCGGGAAUAGCUCUUAUUAUGGUGUAUUUAGCUGGGACAACAAGCUUCCAGGGGCUCAGUUGUUGUUAACCCGGAUGAGGCUGUUUCUGAGCCCUGGAUAUCCCUACGAAGAAAUUUUAAGCUCAUUUCAUAACCAAACAGGCAGAGUUAUGUGCUCUUACUUACCAGAUUUCAACAAAUUUAAGAGAACCAAGGGAGGUUUGAUCCAGCUGAACCAUGGAGAUCCACAGCCUCUACAGUAUGCUGCAAAUGCAGCUUUCUUAGCGGCGCUAUACAGUGAUUAUCUAGAGGCUGCUGAUACUCCUGGAUGGUACUGUGGCCCUUACUUCUAUACUAAUGAAUACCUACGCAACUUUUCAAGAUCGCAGAUUGAUUACAUACUUGGUAAAAACCCUCGGAAGAUGAGUUAUGUUGUGGGUUUUGGCCAACGGUACCCUAAACAAGUGCAUCACAGAGGAGCUUCAAUUCCACAGAACAUGAAAGAAAGCUGCAAAGGAGGAUUGAAAUGGGAAAAGAGCAAAAAAGAUAACCCAAACAUUAUCAAAGGAGCAAUGGUUGCUGGACCAGACAAGCAUGAUGGGUUCCACGACGUUCGUACAAACUACAACUACACAGAGCCGACACUAUCGGGCAAUGCGGGUCUAGUGGCCGCUCUGGUGGCUUUAUCUGGAGAAGAAGCGGUUGGUGAUAUUGACAAAAACACUAUGUUCUCUGCCGUACCUCCAUUGUUCCCAGCCACACCGCCGCCCCCAGCACCUUGGACACCUUAAAGAAAUCAGAAUUAUUGAAUGUAAUAAGUCAUCUCUUUUUGCCUGAAUAAAAGUAGUUUCCAAGUCCUAAAAAAGUAGUUUUCUUUAGCUUUAUUACAUAAAAUGUGGUCUGAUGAGAAACCAAACAUUAAUUGUUUCUGUGUUUUGUGAGGUAUACAGUGUAGAUUCUUUGUUUUCAAAAUUUGUAAGUAGUUGGCGUGAUACAGA